AGCGCCCUCUAGCGACAACUGUUGACGAUUACAAAUAUAACAUAUCGCCAGCAACCCUAGUUUCUUUCUUUUCGAUAGAUCCGCAUAAAAGUGACAAGAGCACAUCAAUAUGCAGCUUUUCGUACGUGGCUUGGAAACAAUUGAGGCUUUGGAGGUGUCCCAGGAUGCCACCAUUGCUGGUGUCAAGAAUCAAAUCGCCCAGCUGCAUGGCUUCGAUUCCGAAGAAUUCAGCCUGAACUGCGAGGGUACCACUCUGACCAAUGACACGCCCGUGACUGCUCUGAGCUCUUUCGAGCUGGACAUUACCAUUCCCAUGAUUGGUGGUAAGGUGCACGGUUCUUUGGCGCGUGCCGGUAAGGUCAAGGGCCAGACCCCUAAGGUUGAGAAGCAGGAGAAGAAGAAGAAGAAGACCGGUCGCGCCAAGCGUAGGAUCCAGUACAAUCGCCGCUUUGUCAACAUUGUUCAGGGCUUCGGCCGUCGUCGUGGCCCCAACGCCAACUCGACGUAAGACGGAUAAGUUUGCAAAAGGAAUGAUGAACAGAAGCUGAGCUAUUUUUUAUUGCAAAAUAAUGUUCAUAUAGUAAUUUUCAACAAUUAAACACAACUUAUUUUACGCACGUCAAGUUGUAAUCCGA